UGUGUUUAUUCUGUCUCUCUGUCUCUGUCUCUCUCUGUUCAGAUUGAGGAUCUGCAGAUUAAAGUACAGGACCUGAAGGGCAAGUUCAAGAAGCCCGUCCUGAAGAAAGUCCGCAUGUCUGCUGAUGCUAUGCUCCAGGCUCUGCUGGGCUCCAAACACAAGGUGUCCAUGGAUCUGAGGGCCAACCUGAAGCAAGUCAAGAAGGAGGUCAAGGAAGAGGACAAAGAAUCUGUGGGUGACUGGCGUAAGAACAUCGAAGACAAAUCAGACAGAAAGAAGAUGUUUGAGACUACUAAGGAGUAGAUGUUACUGGAGAUCCAGACAGGAAGUAGUUUGAGACUCAUAAGGAGUAGAUGUUACUGGAGAUCCAGACAGGAAGAUGUUUGAGACUCAUAAGGAGUAGAUGUUCCUGGAGUUCCAGACAGGGAGAUGUUAGAGACAGCUUGAACAACCUUCUGUCUUUGGUUACGAAGUUAUCCAGUUAUGACUCGUUUGUUUGUUUUUUUCCGUCUCUGGCUAAAUUAAU